AUGAGUGGCCACAUGGGAGACCACCGCCGCAGGACUCCCCACGCUGGAGAUGGAGACCACUCAUCUUCUUUACGAAAGAAGAACAACACCCCCGCACACCCAGAUUACACUCCGUCCAUUUUCCCGCAAGCAGUGCUGAAGGAAUUGACUAAGAGUACCACACUUGAUCGCUUCAAGAGAGCACAGAAAAGAAAAGCACCAUCCACUACUCUAGUAUCACGAAAGGAAAGGAAGGUGAAGAAGCAACUGGAAUUUGAGGAGACAAGUCACCGUGUAGCCCCCCGGGCUUUUGAAGAUUGGGAACAUCUCCACCUCCCUCCCCAGGGUUUCUUUGCCCCACAGGUGGUCUUCCCUCCCCAGGGUUUCUUUGCCCCACAGGUGGUCUUCCCUCCCCAGGGUUUCUUUGCCCCGCAGGUGGUCUUCCCUCACCAGGGUUUCUUUGCCCCACAGGUGGACCACUUUCCCCAGGGUUUCCAUCCCCCGCAGGUGGACGACCCUCCCCAGGUUUUCCAUCUCCCGCAGGUGGACGACCCUCCCCAGGGUUUCCAUCUCCCGCAGGUGGACGACCCUCCCCAGGGUUUCCAUUUCCCGCAGGUGGAUUACCCUCCCCAGGUUUUCCAUCUCCCGCAGGUGGACGACCCUCCCCAGGUUUUCCAUCUCCAGCAGGUGGAUUACCCUCCCCAGGUUUUCCAUCUCCCGCAGGUGGACGACCCUCCCCAGGUUUUCUAUCUCCCGCAGGUGGAUCUCACUCCGCAGGUUUUCUAUCUCCAGCAGGCGGAUCUCCCUCCGCAGGUUUUCUAUCUCCAGCAGGUGGAUCUCCCUCCGCAGGUGGUGGAUCUCCCUCCUCAGGUGUUGGAUCUCCCUCCGCAGGUGUUAGAUCUCCCUCCGCAGGUGUUGGAUCUCCCUCCGCAGGUGUUGGAUCUCCCUCCUCAGGUGGUGGAUCUCCCUCCGCAGGUGUUGGAUCUCCCUCCGCAGGUGUUGGAUCUCCCUCCGCAGGUGUUAGAUCUCCCUCCGCAGGUGUUGGAUCUCCCUCCUCAGGUGGUGGAUCUCCCUCCUCAGGUGGUGGAUCUCCCUCCGCAGGUGGUGGAUCUCCCUCCGCAGGUGUUGGAUCUCCCUCCGCAGGUGGUGGAUCUCCCUCCGCAGGUGGUGGAUCUCCCUCCGCAGGUGGUGGAUCUCCCUCCGCAGGUGGACCUUGCGGAUCCUGAUGUUCCGGCUCCCAGAUCUCCCUCACCCUCUGCUUCCUGCUCUUCUGAUUUUUCCUAUUCAGAUUUCCAGAGCCUUGAGGAGUUCCUGGACAUUUUUGUGCAGACUCUGGAUCCAGCUCCUGCCUCCCCCACUGUUGCUCCUAUUCAGGUCCGUCCAAUCAUUGGUGCAGAUGUCCCCUCUCCUCCUGGCAGUGCCCCUUCUUCUCCCCUUCUUGCCUCCCCCUCACACUCUUCCUCUUCAGGUCCAGAGGAGUUUAUUUUAGGUCCAGAUCUUCCUUCUCCUGUUUCAGAUUUACCUGACCCAGGUUGCUCUUCAGCUUCUAACACUGCUUCUCCCACUCCCUCUUCUCCCUACAAACGUAGCAGGUCCGAGUGCUCUCCCGAGAACAGCUCCAAGAGGCGGCGCCGCUCGUCUCCUGCUCCCUCUUCUUCCUCCCGCUCUCCUUCCUUGUGA